GUCCCGUAUUUAGGGGUGACAAUUCCGGUUAGUAGGUCGGAUUCGAGUUCGAUUUCUAGUCGAUUUCGGGUUGUGCUAAAACUAUCAAAAAUAGUGUAAAACUGAAUAUUAUUACGAAUAUGAAAUUUAGGUCAAAUUGGGUCAAAUUCGGGGUUGUUUGGGUUCGAUCCGGAUCAAGUUUGGGUUUCUGUCAAUAACUUUAAGUCGGGUUCGGGUUGAAUUAUCGGGUCGGAUCAAGGAUCGCUAGCCCUACCCGUAUUAAUGCUUAACUCCACAAUCCACAGUUGUUUAAAAUCUAAUCACUCGUAAGAUUAAGACAAGAACCGAAGUAAUUUCCUUAAAAAAAAUGUAUAAAAAAAUAAAAUAAAAACCGAGCUUCCUCGUUCUUCAGUAACGAUCUUCGUUUCUGCCCCUUUCUCUCUCCUCUUUGCCCCCCAUUUUCUCUCUCUCUUCCUCACUCUCACUUCAAUAUCUCCAUCUUAUCUCUCCAAUUCAUGUUUCUUCGUAUUUGAUGGAUCUCCAAUUUCAUGCUUGAAGCUCGAUUUUUGGGUUAGAUUUUCGAUUUUAGGGUUAGGGUUAGGGUUCAUUUUUCCCUGAGUGUAAUAACAAUUUCUGUUCUUUAUCGUUUUUUCAUUUCGUUUUGUUAGAUUGGAAUUCGAUCUAAUUGUAAUUUUUUAUUUUAAUAUGCUUAAAUUUUGAUAAUGAUUCGCUAUUGUACUUUGUAAUGAAGAGGAUUUGAUUAUACAUAGUUUAGGGUUAGGGUUUUGAUUUCAAUUCGUGGUUUUAUUGUCUUUGUAUCAUAUAUUGUAAAUGGAGAUGGAGAGUUCUCGAAGACCUCCGUUUGAUAGAUCGAAUUUGAUUUCAAAAAAGCCAAGAUUAGCUGAAGAUCCAACUCUCAGCGGCCGGCAAUUUCAACAACCGUUGCAAAGAUCGGCAAUUGGUUCGGGGUCAGGUGCGACUCGAUUUAGAGCGAAUUCGGGUGAUAGAGAAUCCGAUGAUUCGGGUCGUGGGUCUUUACAGCAAUUACAGCAGCAUCAGGAGCUGGUUAAUCAGUAUAAGACAGCUUUAGCUGAGCUAACCUUUAAUUCGAAGCCGAUUAUUACGAACUUGACGAUUAUCGCAGGGGAGAAUUUGCAGGCUGCCAAAGCCAUUGCGGCCACCAUUUGUUCUAACAUUCUUGAGGUUCCUACAGAACAGAAGUUGCCCUCACUUUAUCUACUGGACAGUAUUGUGAAGAACAUUGGUAGAGAUUACAUCAAGUAUUUUGCAGUAAAGUUACCUGAGGUGUUUUGCAAGGCAUACAGGCAUGUGGAUCCUUCAAUACAUGCUGGUAUGAGGCAUCUUUUUGGGACUUGGAAAGGUGUUUUCCCUCCCCAGCCACUGCAGAUUAUUGAAAAAGAACUCGGAUUCUCUACUGCUGUCAAUGGUGCAUCAUCUGGAACUACCACAUCCAAGUCCGAUUCACAGUCUCAGCGUCAGCCACAUAGUAUUCAUGUGAACCCAAAGUAUUUGGAAGCGAGACAGCGUCUUCAACAGUCUAGUAAGAUGAAAGGAACAGAUAUUGGUCUCACAGAGGUUGGAUCUUCUGAGGAUGCAGAGAGACCAGAGAAAACUGCUGCUGCAGGAACUGAAAGGCCGUGGAUGGAUCCUGUAAUGAAAAUGCAUAAUGUGCGUCCUCAAAGAGAAUCGUUGAGAGAAUCCGGUCUUCCAAAGCAGGGAGGUGCAGUGUAUGGAGAUUAUGAUAUUGCAUCUGGUCUUUCAAGACCUUUGAGCACAUCAGGUGGUAAACCUAGUGAUAGGAUUGUCGGACAGAGAUGGACUGGUGCUGGCAGAGAGGGGGAAGAAUCUAUUUCUGGUGAAAGGAAUGGGUAUGAUAUUAAGCAUGGGAUUCCAAAGUAUGCAGCUGGCAGACCAGCAAGUAGUGGUAUACCUUCAGUGCUGAAACAGCCAAGAAUAGCUGCUGAGAUGUCUGGGAGCUGGAAAAACUCUGAAGAAGAGGAGUUCAUGUGGGAUGAUUUGGGCACCAAGGUGGAUCCUGGUGCUGCAAGCAUCACAAAGAAAGAAAUUUGGUCUGACGAUCCGGAGAAAGUGGAAUUGAAUAGGCACAUUCCUAAAUGGAAGAGCCCGGUUGAAGUCAGAUCCAACAUUGAGAGAGAACUUUCUUCUGAUAGUCUUUCCUCUGAACAGAAAGAUCAAGUGCCUCUUGGACAUCCAAGGUCUUCCCACUGGAAGAUGCAGGAACCUCACCAGGCUGAUAGUUCAAGUCCUUUGUUACAGCAAAUGAGCUCUCACUCCGUGAAUGGUCCUAACUCUUCUGGAGUCUCUAGUUUGGGUUUCUCUUCAGCUUCUGCAGGAUCUAUGGGGCGUCAACCAUCUCCAGGCCAAUCUGUGAUAAGCCAGCGUCCACCUUCUCCUUCAUUAUCUAAAAGGGAUCCCCGUCAAAGUCUCAUUGAGAAAGAUCAUAUGAGAUCUUCCUUAGUUCGAUCUGAUCCUAGAGUAGCUUCUAUCUCAGGGAAGUUAAAUGCAGGGGUUCGUGAUAAAACUUUUCAGGGCUCUAUGCUUAAUCGGCAAAAGUUGCAAGCUACUCUGCAGAAACCACCUUCUCCUACAACUUCUUUUCAACAAAGGCAUGUCCCAUCUUCUGAGCAGCAGCCCAAUUCAAAGUCUGAGCUUUCUGAUAUUGUCCAGAAAGCUCAGCAGCUGCUUAGUUCCUCAGCGAAGAAAGGUACCUUGUCAGAUAGUUUGAAUCCUAUUGCUGGUAAUAUGCAAGGUCAGUCGAACGUGAGUAGUUUAUUGGCUGCCGUUAUGAAAAGUGGUUUACUUUCUGGUAGUCCUAUUUCUGGACAGAUGGGGGUUCAACCUCCUUCAACUACUGCUCUCACCUCACAAUCAGCUUUCAUUACUACAAAGGAUGAUACAUUUUCAAGUCCUCAUGAUUCAACCGCUAUUGUCUCCCGAAGUAAAGUAGAAAUGCCUUCGCUGGUGGCUCCUGUUCCUUCAUCUCCUAUGAGCAGUUCAUUGGCACAAACAUCGAAUGCAGCAGCUGUCAAGUCAAACCCACUUUCAAUCUUGAGCACAUUGAUAUCAAAGGGGUUGAUAUCUGCGCCAAAAACCGAUGCAGCUGCUGCCGCAGUUUCCGUGAAAUCUGAUUCCCAGAUUCAAGCACAAAGCCCGAUUAUUGCUUCUGUAACUACUGUUACAACUCCAUCUGUUUCCAAAGUUUCUGCUACUCUACCUAAACCAUCUAAUGAAAAGGCUCCUUUCCUGCCCGAUGAAAAGGCAUCUGAUGCAAUUCAAAACAAUAAAGAAGAAAAAGAUCUUAUAGGAUUUGAAUUUAAACCUCGUGUGCUCCGGGAUUUGCAUCCUGCUGUAAUUGACAGACUUUGUGAUGACCUUCCACACAAGUGCACUGCAUGUGGUCUUCAAUUUAAACUGCAAGAAAGGUUUGCUAGACAUUCAGAGUGGCACGCUUUUAAAAAUUCGAUACCAAAUUCCGUGAAUAAGCCAUCCAGGAGAUGGUAUUCAAAGCCUGCGGACUGGAUUGCCGGGAAGGCUGGAUUUCCAUUUGGUUAUAAUUCCACUUGUCUCAUGGAGGGGUCCAGCAGGAUGAGAGAAGAGACAGAGAAAAUGGUUCCUGCAGAUGAAAGUCAAUGUGUGUGUCUUUUAUGUGGUGAACUGUUUGAAGAUUACUACAGUCAAGAGAGGGAUGAAUGGAUGUUCAAGGGAGCAGUUUACUUGUCUACCCAAUCUAGAAGCUCUGAGGAAGGAGGAUCUUGCAGUGAGAGCGAUUUGCAAAAUUUGAUUGUUCACGCCAACUGUAUGUCAGGUGAUUUAGGUCGUGACUUGGGAUCUAUCAGGGGUAUUAAAGUGGAAAAGGGUACGUAGUUAGCUGAGGCAUUCAUCCAUUCAGUAACCACAGUAUGUCCCUCUCAGCUGAGGAAGAGGGUGGCCGUAAUUUUUUCAGGAAGCUGGUGCCAAAGGUACAGGUAAAGCUUUGCACAAUGCAUCUUCUUUCUCCAUUAUUGCAGCUGAAUCAAUGUGAUGGGCUAUUGGGCUGUGAGAGCUUCUACUGGAUAAAUUUGAUUUUGGUUUUGAUAGUCAUUAUAGUUCCAUGAAAGUAAAUAUGGAACAGAUGGGGGGACGUAUCUCGUCCAUUUGGAUCAAACUUCUCACCUUGGAUAUUUUGGCAUGGUUGAAGUGAUAUUGCUACCUUUCGCACUCAGUGCCCACUGUCCAUUAUGUCCAGUACUAGCAAAAUUAUUAGAAGGCAGCCCAUUUCAACCUCACCGGAGUUUAUAUCUGAUAGACUGAUAUAUUGUCUUGGUCUUACAUGAGCUAAAUUUGCCCGCAAACGUUUCCAGCUUAACCCCUUUACAUUCUUAGUUUUAUUUUUUCUUUGUGGCUUAAUUUGAAAUUUUGGUUUUUUUAGUAACAGGAAGAGGU